AUGUCAUUUGAAAACAUUGGAAAACUUUUCUUAGGUAAGGAGCCAGUCCUUUUUCUUAACUCUUUGGAUAAGCUCUAUCAAGGCGUCCUCCCAGGUGUGAGAGCUUAUCCAAUUAAUAUUCUUGGUUUUGCAUAUCACCAUGCUCUUCGAUGUAGAAGAAAGCUUGAGGACAUUUUCUCGAUGGAGUUAAAUAAGAGAAAAUUAAAAAAUGGAAAUAAGGUAGAUGCACUUGAUUUGAUGGAUGGGUUAAUGCAAAUUGAAGACGAUGAAGGUAACAAAUUGAGUGACAAAGAAGUUGUAGACAACAUUGUUUCUUUUGUAUUAGGUGGAUAUAUCUCUAUUUCUCUUGUGUCCAUGUGGGCUAUUUACUUUCUUGCCAAGCAUCCAAAUGUGCUAAAAUUGCUAUGGGAUAGUUAUCAGAUACCAAAGAGAUGGAAAGUAAUUUCGAUGCUUUGUUAUAUUCACACAGAUCCAGAGAAUUUUAGGGAUCCCAUGAGUUGGCAAAACCUGGAACAUAUCAAGUUUUUUUGUGCUGGACAAAGACUAUGCCCUGGAAACAUGCUAGCAAGAAUUCAACUAGCACUUCUGCUUCAUCAUUUAUCCAUUGGAUACAAGUGGGAGCUCAUUAAUCAUAAUGCAAAUAUAAUGUAUCUUUCAAAUCCUGCUCCUAUUGAUAGGGUCGAAGUCAAACUCAUCCAAUUGUGA